UGGCUUAAUUGAAACAUAAAUAUAUAUUAUUCAUUCAGACUGUCGCGAUCAGUGCAAUAUGCAAUGGCAGCUCUCUGACGUAAUAUAUUACAUAAAACUAGAUUCUAUAUAACACCUACAAUUAGACCGGCGUGUGUGCUUGUUUCACCAUUUUUUUUACGUUUCUAUCACGCAGACGCUUUUCCUAAGCUUGAUCUGUUAUAUAAUUUUGUCCCACCGUUGAAGGAUAGAGAGGGAAGACGCACUUUUAUUUUACCCUUAGUAAGAUGCUUUUGUAAAUAAGCGAGGCGUUUCGUGUUGUAGGUUAAUAGAUACUCCCGUUUCAACUGAUCGGUUACAAUGAACGACUUCAGCUACAGCAAGAACAAGAAAAAUAUGAAUAUAUUGCUUCGUUAAAAUCAUCACAAUUGACGAUUCCCGUGUCUCCUUCUAGGACUCGGCGACUUUUGACCUUACCUGGUGUGUCGUGGGCGUCCCGAUGAGUACAGCCGCACAUGGCCUGCAUCCAUGAGCCCCGAGCCCCCUCUCCCUCCCUCUCGGGUCUCAGCACUCCGUUGUCGGAGCCCCUGUUUCGCCGGCUGGACAGCGACACCCCAGCCUGCACUCCAGAAACAGACCUGACGCCCACGCAGUGCGUGCUGCGCAAUGUGCUGUCCAUUGACACGGGGGGCGCUGUGGUGCCCGGAAGCGGCUGCGGGAAUGUGUGUGGUCAAAGCCCCUCACCCAGCGACGAGCCCCCCGACCACUUUGCCAACAGCGUCCUGAAGCUGCACGAGAAUGACGGCAGCCCGAGCGGAGCUGGUGCUGAGGCGGGCCGCAAUUCAGAGUGCGUCCGUGGCCAAACCGACGACGUCAGGCUGCAGUGUCAGUCUGGAGGUGGCGGCUUCCUGGAGGGACUAUUUGGAUGUCUGAAACCUGUCUGGACAAUGAUUGGCAAGGCAUAUUCAACUGAGCACAAGCACAAUCAGGAAGAGGUCUGGGAGGUGCCCUUCGAGGAGAUCUCGGACCUGCAGUGGGUGGGCAGCGGGGCACAGGGCGCCGUGUUUCUGGGCAAGUUCCACGGGGAGGAGGUGGCAGUCAAGAAGGUGCGGGACAUCAAGGAGACCGACAUCAAGCACCUACGCAAGCUGAAGCACCCCAAUAUCAUCACCUUCAAGGGCAUAUGCACCCAGGCUCCCUGCUACUGCAUCAUCAUGGAGUACUGUGCACAGGGCCAGCUGUACGAGGUGCUGCGCGCCGGCCGCAAGAUCACGCCGUCCCUCCUGGUCGACUGGUCCAUGGGCAUCGCCGGGGGUAUGAACUACCUGCACCUCCACAAGAUCAUCCACCGGGACCUCAAGUCCCCCAACAUGCUGAUCACUUACGAUGACCUGGUGAAGAUCUCCGAUUUUGGGACCUCGAAGGAGCUGAGUGACAAGAGCACCAAGAUGUCUUUCGCCGGCACCGUGGCCUGGAUGGCCCCAGAGGUCAUCCGGAACGAGCCGGUCUCCGAGAAAGUGGACAUCUGGUCAUUCGGGGUGGUGCUGUGGGAGAUGCUGACGGGAGAGGUGCCCUACAAGGAUGUGGACUCUUCUGCCAUCAUCUGGGGCGUGGGCAACAACAGUCUGCAGCUGCCCGUGCCGGACAGCUGCCCCGACGGCUUCAAGAUUCUGCUUCGCCAGUGUUGGAACUGCAAGCCCAGAAACCGGCCAUCCUUCCGGCAGAUUCUCCUGCACCUCGACAUCGCCUCCGCCGACGUCCUGUCCACCCCACAGGAGACCUACUUCAAAUCCCAGGCCGAGUGGCGUGAGGAGGUCAAGCAUCACUUUGAGAAGAUAAAGACUGAGGGCACGUGUCUACACCGCCUGGAUGAGGAGCUGAUCUUCAGGCGCCGGGAAGAGCUCAGGCAUGCCCUGGACAUCCGGGAGCACUAUGAGAGGAAGCUGGAGAGAGCCAACAACCUGUACAUGGAGCUCAAUGCAGUUAUGUUGCAGCUGGAGCUCAAGGAGAAGGAGCUACGCAGGAGGGAGCAGUCGCUGGAUAAGAAGUACCCUGGGCUGUUCAAGCAUCACGCUUCCAGGCAGAGUGGCUCCACCAACUCCAUGGAGAAGCUCAUCAAGAAGCGGAAUGUUCCCCAGAAACUGCCUUCACACAUCAAGAGACCCGACAUCCUGAAAUCUGAGGUGAUCUUGCCCAAGUUGGAUUCGUCCAUGACGCAGGUGACCAUCCCCUCCUGUCCCAACAAGAGCUCCACGUCUCCGGGUCGCUCACGCCGCGGCAAGCCACGCCACCGCAAGGCUGGGAAGGGCAGCAGCGGGGACCUGGCGGGACUCAAAGCCGCUCUCUCCUCCUCCUGCCGGGAUACCUCCUCCCCUGUCACCAGCAGCCCGCCAGCCAAGCAGCACUUGGCCCCCACCGCGGCUCUGCGUGGCCUGCAGCACGACCUCCUUCUCAAGAAGAUGUCCUCCUCCAGUCCGGACCUCAUCUCCACCACGAUGGAGGCUGAGGGCCACCACCAGAGGGAGUCGGCGGGGUUGGAGCGCAGCGGCAGCCUGAGUGCCGCUGCGGGACUGGGCAGAGCUGAGGUGGAGGGCGGGGUUGACGCAGGGGUGGGGGGCGAUGACCCCACAGAAACCCCGCCUCGUAGUGACACGCCCAGCGAAGACGCCGUCUCCAUCCCCUUCUCCAGCAGCCCCGACUCUCCUUGCGGGAGGGGCGCAGCAGCGGGCCGUAGCACCGUCCUGGGGGGGGUCCGGCUGCCCCAGGACGGCGAGGACAAGGAGGAAGGUGCCGGAAUCAGCCGCUCGCCCCGGGGCAGUGGCAGUCAGCACCUCACUCCAGCAGCCAUCCUUUACCGUGCAGCCGUCACCCGUAAACAGAAGCGAGGUGUAUCAUCAGAAGAGGAGGAGGGAGAGGUGGACAGUGAGGUCGAGUUGCCACGGAGACGCCGGCCCGUUGGCAUGACGAAAUGCCAGUCGCUGUCCACCUUCAGCUCAGAGAACCUCUCAGGGUCAGACGGCGAGGAGGGCAACACCAGUGACCACUCAAACAGCGGCACACCGGACGUGGUCAGCACCAACACCGACGAGCGGCUGGACGAUAAGAGCGACGACCUGCUGUCACAGGGAUCGGAAAUCCCGACCGACCCCGCCCAGGCCUCCGACGGCCUGUCUGAGAAGGAGGCAGCCAUCCGGCAAGUCAAGACGCAGCUCAAUGCAGAACAAAACAGCUACGAGAAUCAAGCCCUGUACGACGAUUCGGACUGCGACAGCGCGGAGUUGGAUCAGUCGGGCAGUGCUGAACCGAGUCGUCCUCCCAGCACAGGGGCCCUGUGAGGACCCCCUAUGCCCCAAACCCAGCCUUGCAAAAAUACCCAACCCCCCCUCACUAGAUAGCCACCAAACCCGAACCCCAGCCGACCCACACUACACCUGAACAAACUACACCAAGGGUCUAAGUUCCGUUCAAGGUCUAUGCCCCAAUUCCCUUCCAUAAGACAUCAAGUUUAAUGGAAUUUAAGACAGUGAGAUGUCAGUCCUGUCAUACAUCCCUCACUGGAAUUGUAAUAUUAAACUAAAUAGUUUGCUUGGGUUUUGAUACAUGGAGCUCAAGUGCAACCGGCCUUGAAUGGAACUGGCCAUGAGAUCAACUCUCCAGAACAAGUCGAAGCAGGGAAAUCGUGAAGAAAACACUGAUUUUUAUUUAUGUAUUCUUCUUCCAUCACAAACUCAGCCUUGACACAAAAAUGUUUUUUUUUCCCCUCGAUUUCCUGCUUAUUGUGAGCUAUUCAUGAGUAAGGUGAUAUAUUUUCAUUGGAUCCUCAUUUUCUAAAAACCCGAAAGAGGGAGCGAAGGCAGCUGUACGAGAAAGAAUAAUUCCUUUUCAGAGUAACACAGAUCGCGUAGCCUGGAAUAAUCAUGUUUACACAGUUUUCCCUUUAUUCUUGUUUUUAAUAGUUUACAAAAUAUAUUUUAUAUCAGGGAUUACGUUGUCAUUUUUACAUUAUGUACUUUAAAUGAUUGUUUAUGUAAAUAUUUUAUGUCUACAUUGUACAAAGGGCAAAUUUCAAAGAGUUAUAAAAAUCUGACACUGUAAACAUACAUUGGUGCUGAUGUUUUCAACAAGAUGGGGUAAUUGUAUAUUGGAUAGUGUAUCAGGUGCUGUUAUAAUGACAUGAAGUUUUAGAUUUUUGGAAGAAAACAAUGCCUUUCAACUUGAGAUAUAUACUUCCACAGCUGUCCCACAUUAGUAAAAUAUCACUGGAUACCUUUGGGGCGAGGUUACCGUGUGCAAAGUGGGAAAAUAGCUAGAUAUAUGGGUGGUCCCAGUGGUCAAGAAAUUUCAAAAGCUGGAAACAAAUAAGCAUUUCGACACUAAAUGCAGCUGAAAGUGUACAGACAAAACAAAGCAUGCUUGUAAUAUAGUAUGUGUAAUUAAGAUUGUAUAUUGAUGUUGCCCGAGGUGCUUGGGUCCACGAAAAAACUGAAAAGAGAACAAAUGUUAAAGAACAAUGUUUAAAGUCCCUGUGUGACACACUGACGGUACUUUAAUCUUCCAAUAUUAGUAAUAAUUAAAAAAAAAACAAAGAACAACAGAAUAAUGAGUAUUAUUUUUUGAUCUGGCGUUU